AAAAAAUUCCCCUCUCGGCUCGGCUUUGGCAAAAUCGAAAACCUUUUCGCGUCGUCUGGCUCCGUCGUCAUCUUUCUGAAGAGCGUUUCUUUCGCACGGAUUUUUUGAGGUACAGAGUGUUAGAUUCCGGAUAAUUCCGUCGGCAUUUCGGUGUUUGAGCGUGGGGAAGUGAAAUAACGCUAAAAUCAGCGCCAGGGGAAUUGCACGAAUUACGUCGUCUCUCGAAGGGUACCGAAACGCUCUUGCAGUAGUGGCUGGUCUGGGCCGACAGUCAGUAGCAGCAGCAGCAGAACGCGAACACAGGAAGAAGAAUAAAAAGUGCGUGUCCCGUUUUCUUGGGUAGUCCUCGUCAACACUUGGUUGACCGACCAAUCGCAGUUCCAGAACCGGAGUGUCGCAGGUUACAACAUCAAUUGCGGGCGCGUAUCGAUUCGUCGCGAGAUUUUUUGGCAUUUUUCUUACGAUUAAAGUUUUCUAUAUGAGUGGAUCCGACUCACUGCUCGAUUGUGUUUCUUCCCCUGAAUCCCGUUGAAGGACUUCCGGCAUGUCUGUGACAUCGCUGCUAUCCCGCAUCAAAGAGUUCGUGGUCGAAGGUCGGAAGCGAAAAAGCGAGGAACCGUCAGAAGCAUCAACAAUUUCUUUUGCCAAAUAUCGUCGAAUCACGGACGAUUUCCCCAAAUUCAUCUCGACGCCGUUGAGUAAUGAUUUUCAUUCCAAGUCAGAACCGAUCUCGGACAGAUUAAGGCUCCCGGUGUAUUCCAAGAAAAUCAUGUCCGAAGCGUCCAACAGCGGCGGCAACAAACAGAGCGCCUACUUCGGUGCCACCGGCAAGACGCGGCUCGAGUUUGCCGAUAUUGAAUUCUCCGACGACGAGGACGAAAUUGACUGGAUCAAUCGGCAGCAGCAGCAUCAGCAGAACCACCGAGGUCGGAUCAGCAAUGCCGGACUUGGCGCAGGUGUUGGUGGUGGUGGCAGUGGUAGCAGAGGCGGCGGUGGUGGCACUUCCCUUCGACACCCGCCACCGUUGACAAAAAUCAAGCCUUCCCUCGCACCAGUUCCGUCGCUGUUCCCAAUCAGGACGAAGCUGACCAAUGGCACUGCCGAUGGAUACGGCCGUCCUUCCGAUACGUUCAAGAAACCGUUCGUAUUCAAGUCGCAGCAAGCUGCGACACAACCUCAGCAGCAGUCGCACCAAGCGCCGCAAGCUAAGCGCAACUCGAUUAUUGCCCAGAGCUACAAUAUGACGGAGGUGAACAACUAUCGGGCACUGUUGAAGCGACUGCUGCCGAAUCUCUACUCGCCGGAAGAGCCACAGUCGGCCAGUGCUUCGCGGAAGAACUCCCUGCUCCUGUCGUCGGACGAUAUCAAUCUGUCGUCGUCGACGGCCAUCAAUCACAGCCUUGGGGCCGGCGAAGGAAAAGCUGGUCCAUCGACGAGUGGUUCGGCCGCAAUUCGUUCGAUUCCGGUCUUCGAUUUGUCGCUGGAGGAAAGCGACGCCGAGGGACGGAAGAAGCGCACAAGCUUGUUUACCACCGUCGAUUUGACGCAGUACAGCUUGGCCGCCGAUGACGAAGCUGAAACAGCCCAAGUGGUGGACCCGGUAAAUACUUUACAAGAGAAGCUCCAAACUAAUAGCAAGUUCCGCGAAGAUAUCGUGGACACGGUGCAGCGCAAAUAUGGCAGCACUUCCAGCCAGCGGAAGGACCUCAUCGCGCAGGAACGGGAAAACUUGAAGGAGCUUAAGAAGAGCACCCAAGAGUAUGAGACCCCGUUCGAGCGGAAGCUGGGCGACUUUAUGCUCAAGUUUGACACCAUCGUCCUGGACGAGGAGGAAUCGGAAGAGGAGGAGGAAGCCUACCCGGAGCUGACCGAUGAGCACCAGGGCGCGAUCAAGCGGGCCCUCUACGGCGGGUCGCGUUCGGAGGUCAUCAUCAACAAGUUUAACAUCAGCAUUACCCGUAACGAUCUGGCCACGCUGAUCGGGGACAACUGGCUGAACGACGAGGUCAUCAACUUCUACAUGAACCUACUGAUGGAGCGUAGCGAGCAGCGCGCCGACGACGGUCUUCCCCGGGUGUACGCCAUGAAUACGUUCUUUAUCCCGAAGCUGCUCUCGGCUGGCCAUGCCGGCCUGAAACGGUGGACGCGCAAGGUGGACAUCUUCACGUACGACAUCAUUCCGGUGCCGGUUCACGUGGGCCGGGUGCAUUGGUGCAUGGCCAUCAUCGAUCUGCGGAACCAAGUGAUCCGCUAUUACGACUCGAUGGGCACGCCCAACAAUGCGGUCCUCAAUGCGCUGGAGCAGUACCUUCGGGACGAGUCGCUGGACAAGCGGAAACAACCCUUUGACACGAGCGGUUUCGUGAAGGAAAACAUGCGCGAGUGCCCACGGCAGAUGAACGGCAGCGAUUGCGGCGUGUUCAGCUGCAUGUUUGCCGAGCACGAGGCGCGGAAUCGAGACAUAGGGUUUACUCAGGCGCACAUGCCCUACUUCCGGCAGAAAAUGGUUUACGAAAUUUCUCAAGGCCGACUAAUUACCUAAGGAGCGGAAGUGACGAGUUGGGCGUAUGCGUGUGUGUGCGAGUGGCAGUCGUGGACUACUUCGAUUCGUUUGUAGAAUAAUGCAAAACAAAGAAUUAUUGCCGGUAAUGAAUCAAAUUGAAGAGUGUAGUUCGUAAGAUUUAAUUUAUAGUAGUUUUCCAAAAAAAGAACAUAAAAUCAAUUUUGUUUUAGAAAAACAUUUACUGAGAAAAAAAUAUUGUUUGAGAACAGUGAAAAAAUCGGAUUUUUGUUUGUGCCGCACUUCUCAUCAGGUUUUCCUAUGGAACAUAGUUUCCUCUUUGUAGAAGGUUCCGAGAAAUGAAACAUUUUUGAAAUAUUUUCGAUAUUUAAAUUGUGAUUUUUGUUUUCACACGCGAAUUACGUAUUCAAGGGGGGAGGUAGGGGAUUGAUUCGACUCGAGAGCAGGUACUUCAACAAUCGUACAUCGAGUUGAGAACUGGAAUUGGAAGCGACAUGCGGUGAACAUCAACUGUGCUAGCCCAUUGUGGAACUAUUAGGAAACGAAAGAACGAAACAGUAGCGUGACGAAAUACAUGUAUAUUUGAAAGUAAUUUCAACAAAUUUAAAA